GUCACCCAAUCCAGCAAAGAAGUGAAGACAAGGAAGUAGAGGAGGUGUCAGUAUUCUUGCACCUCUUUAUGUAGAAUGGAGUUUGCCGAACUGAUCAAGACCCCUCGUGUGGAUGGGGUGAUCCUCCACCGACCCUUCAUGCCCAAGGUGGAGGGUACUCUUUGUCUGACGGGACAUCACCUCAUCCUGUCCUCUCGCCAGGACAACACAGAGGAGCUCUGGCUGCUCCAUGCCAACAUUGACUCGACUGAGAAAAGGUUUGUCGGGUCACUUGGAACUAUUAUUGUGAAAUGCAAAGACCUGCGAGUGAUUCAGCUGGACAUACCUGGCAUGGAGGAGUGUCUCAACAUUGCCAGCUCAAUUGAGGCUCUGUCCACGCUUGACUCUGUCUCACUGAUGUAUCCGUUUUUCUACCGUCCUCUCUUUGAGGUCAUAGAGGAUGGAUGGCAGUUGUUCCUUCCAGAAGAGGUUUUCAAGGAUCUGGAGUCUAUGACAGAUGAAUGGAGACUAAGUGAGGUGAAUAAAGACUUCAGCGUGUGCCCCUCCUAUCCAUCCUUACUGACCGUGCCCAAAGACAUUGAUGAUGAAACCCUCUGCAAAGCUGCUUCCUUCCGCCACGGUGGCCGUUUUCCUGUGCUCAGUUACUAUCAUAAGAAAAACGGCAUGGUGAUGAUGCGAGCAGGGCAGCCACUUACUGGAACCAAUGGGCGUCGUUGCAAAGAGGAUGAAAAACUGAUCAAUGCCACACUUUGCGCAGGGAAGCGCGGUUACAUCAUCGACACACGGACAAUAGCUGUGGCACAACAGGCUAAAGCCCGCGGAGGUGGAUUUGAACAGGAAGCCAACUACCCACAGUGGAGGAGGAUCCAUAAAGCUAUUGAGAGGUCCAGUGUUCUUCAGGAGAGUCUGAUAAAGCUGGUGGAGGCCUGCAAUGAUCAGUCACACAGCAUGGACCGCUGGCUCAGCAAACUUGAGGCUUCCAACUGGCAAAGUCACGUUAAGGAAAUCCUCACUACUGCUUGCCUGGCUGCACAGUGUAUUGACCGGGAAGGGGCGUCGGUGCUGGUUCAUGGCACUGAGGGCACAGAUUCUACACUGCAGGUGACCUCUCUGGCCCAGAUCAUCCUCGAUCCUGAAUGCAGAACCAUCCGCGGCUUUGAGACUCUGAUUGAACGAGAGUGGUUGCAGGCUGGUCACCCCUUCCAGCAGCGUUGCGCUCAGUCUGCAUACUCAAACGGGAAGCUGCGGAGUGAAGCUCCAGUGUUCCUCCUCUUUCUGGACUGCGUGUGGCAAAUCCUGCGUCAGUUCCCCUGCUCCUUCCAGUUCAACGAGAAAUUCCUCAUCAUCCUCUUCGAACAUGCCUAUGCCUCACAGUUUGGCACUUUCCUUGGAAACCGUGUGGCUGAGAGGGUGAAGCUGCAGCUGUCUCAGAAGACUGUGUCUCUGUGGUCGUGGGUGAACAGACCUCAGGAGCUGGAGAGAUUUCACAACCCACUAUACGAGCCCAACAACCUUGUCAUCUGGCCGUCUGUGGCACCUCAGAGUCUUCUGCUGUGGGAGGGGGUAUUUCUUCGCUGGAAUCGCUCCACCAAGUGUUUGGAUGAGGCUUAUCAGGAGAUGGUCCAUAUUAUAGAGUACAACAAGGAGCUUCAGAACAAAGUGAACAGCCUCCGGAGGCAGCUGGCCGAGCUCGAGACCGAGGACAGCCCACUGCAGACACCGUAGGACAUGCCAACACAUCAUGCUGAGAGAUUUCAGCACUCCUGAUUUUUCGUGUCUGUUCUACUGAAAAGAGGCUGUCCCAUAGUGCACAUCGUGAAUGUACACACACACGCUCCUUUUCCUUAUCCUGCCCAUUUUUCCCUUUUCCUAUUCCAUUGCUCAACUUUAUUCACAUUAAUAAGUUACCUUAGCCUUCAACAGGCAUUAGUUAUGGAUUUUACUAUAUUGUCACUGUAUUCGCUUCUGUCUUAGUGUGUCAUUGUGGUUCAAUAUUUUCACUCAAACACUAUUCUAAAUCUGUGUACUCGUCCGUACUGACGUUGUUUUCUGUCAAGAUAUCACCCAGCUGAUUGGCUGAGAAGGUUGUGGUUCUGAUCUGGAUGUCAUCUCACUACGGUCUUUGUUUAGAAAUUGUGUGCUGCCGUUUACACGUUCUCAGAGAAAAGGGAUUACUCAUGUGCCAUAGUUUAUUUUAAGCCCUGCGCCAAAAAGUGCAAUAGAUAAUAUCCCUAUAAACCAAUAGCGCUUUUAAAAGGGAAUGAAUUUGGAAAUGACAGUGGCAUGAUAGAACAGCCCUCUGAGUCUUACAUAAUCGAACUAUUUCCAAAGAGAUCAUAUGAAUAAGAAACUGCAUAAUUAAUACUUGAUUGUUUAACACAUAAGAUCUUUUGUGCGCUGGUUAUAUUCAUAUUUGUAAAAGUAUUUAGAACGUUGUUAAUAAUUAUCAUUAAAAGUAUUGUUGUA